AUGGGGCCACUUGUGAUGGGGCCACUUGUGAUGGGGCCACUUGUGAUGGGGCCACUUGUGAUGGGGCCACUUGUGAUGGGGCCACUUGUGAUGGGGGCACUUGUGAUGGGGCCACUUGUGAUGGGGCCUCUUGUGAUGGGGCCACUUGUGAUGGGGCCACUUGUGAUGGGGCCACUUGUGAUGGGGCCACUUGCGAUGGGGGCACUUGUGAUGGGGGCAAUUGUGAUGGGGCCACUUGUGAUGGGGCCACUUGUGAUGGGGCCACUUGUGAUGGGGCCACUUGUGAUGGGGCCACUUGUGAUGGGGCCACUUGUGAUGGGGCCACUUGUGAUGGGGCCACUUGUGAUGGGGCCACUUGCGAUGGGGGCACUUGUGAUGGGGGCACUUGUGAUGGGGGCACUUGUGAUGGGGCCACUUGUGAUGGGGCCACUUGUGAUGCGGCCACUUGUGAUGGGGCCACUUGUGAUGGGGGCACUUGUGAUGGGGGCACUUGUGAUGGGGGCACUUGUGAUGGGGCCACUUGUGAUGCGGCCACUUGUGAUGGGGGCACUUGUGAUGGGGGCACUUGUGAUGGGGGCACUUGUGAUGGGGGCACUUGUGAUGGGGCCACUUGUGAUGGGGGCACUUGUGAUGGGGCCACUUGUGAUGGGGGCACUUGUGAUGGGGCCACUUGUGAUGGGGGCACUUGUGAUGGGGCCACUUGUGAUGGGGCCACUUGUGAUGGGGCCACUUGUGAUGGGGCCACUUGUGAUGGGGGCACUUGUGAUGGGGGCACUUGUGAUGGGGGCACUUGUGAUGGGGCCACUUGUGAUGCGGCCACUUGUGAUGGGGCGAAUUGUGAUGGGGCCACUUGUGAUGGGGGCACUUGUGAUGGGGCCACUUGUGAUGGGGGCACUUGUGAUGGGGCCACUUGUGAUGGGGGCCUCUUGUGAUGGGGCCACUUGUGAUGGGGCCACUUGUGAUGGGGCCACUUGUGAUGGGGCCACUUGUGAUGGGGCCACUUGUGAUGGGGCCAAUUGUGAUGGGGCCACUUGUGAUGGGGCCACUUGUGAUGGGGCCACUUGCGAUGGGGGCACUUGUGAUGGGGGCACUUGUGAUGGGGGCACUUGUGAUGGGGCCACUUGUGAUGGGGCCACUUGUGAUGCGGCCACUUGUGAUGGGGCCACUUGUGAUGGGGCCACUUGUGAUGGGGGCACUUGUGAUGGGGCCACUUGUGAUGGGGGCACUUGUGGUGGGGCCACUUGUGAUGGGGGCACUUGUGAUGGGGCCACUUGUGAUGGGGCCUCUUGUGAUGGGGCCACUUGUGAUGGGGCCACUUGUGAUGGGGCCACUUGUGAUGGGGCCACUUGUGAUGCGGCCACUUGUGAUGGGGCCACUUGUGAUGGAGCCACUUGUGAUGGGGCCACUUGUGAUGGGGCCACUUGUGAUGGGGCCACUUGUGAUGGGGCCACUUGUGAUGGGGGCACUUGUGAUGGGGGCACUUGUGAUGGGGGCACUUGUGAUGGGGCCACUUGUGAUGGGGCCACUUGUGAUGGGGCCACUUGCGAUGGGGGCACUUGUGAUGGGGGCACUUGUGAUGGGGCCACUUGUGAUGGGGCCACUUGUGAUGCGGCCACUUGUGAUGGGGCCACAUGUGAUGCGGCCACUUGUGAUGGGGCCACUUGUGAUGGGGCCACUUGUGAUGGGGGCACUUGUGAUGGGGCCACUUGUGAUGGGGGCACUUGUGAUGGGGCCACUUGUGAUGGGGCCUCUUGUGAUGGGGCCACUUGUGAUGGGGCCACUUGUGAUGGGGCCACUUGUGAUGGGGCCACUUGUGAUGCGGCCACUUGUGAUGGGGCCACUUGUGAUGGAGCCACUUGUGAUGGGGCCACUUGUGAUGGGGCCACUUGUGAUGGGGCCACUUGUGAUGGGGCCACUUGUGAUGGGGGCACUUGUGAUGGGGGCACUUGUGAUGGGGGCACUUGUGAUGGGGCCACUUGUGAUGGGGCCACUUGUGAUGGGGCCACUUGUGAUGGGGCCACUUGUGAUGGGGGCACUUGUGAUGGGGGCACUUGUGAUGGGGGCACUUGUGAUGGGGCCACUUGUGAUGCGGCCACUUGUGAUGGGGGCACUUGUGAUGGGGGCACUUGUGAUGGGGGCACUUGUGAUGGGGGCACUUGUGAUGGGGCCACUUGUGAUGGGGGCACUUGUGAUGGGGCCACUUCCACUUGUGAUGGGGCCACUUGUGAUGGGGCCACUUGUGAUGGGGCCACUUGUGAUGGGGCCACUUGUGAUGGGGGCACUUGUGAUGGGGGCACUUGUGAUGGGGGCACUUGUGAUGGGGCCACUUGUGAUGGGGCCACUUGUGAUGGGGCCACUUGUGAUGGGGCCACUUGUGAUGGGGGCACUUGUGAUGGGGGCACUUGUGAUGGGGGCACUUGUGAUGGGGCCACUUGUGAUGCGGCCACUUGUGAUGGGGGCACUUGUGAUGGGGGCACUUGUGAUGGGGGCACUUGUGAUGGGGGCACUUGUGAUGGGGCCACUUGUGAUGGGGGCACUUGUGAUGGGGCCACUUGUGAUGGGGGCCUCUUGUGA